AUGAAGCUAGACAUCAGAGUGGUCUCCCAGGAGACUAUCAAGCCAUCUUCUCCAACCCCAAACAAUCUCUUCAACUACAACCUUUCAUUCCUAGACCAGAUCUCUCCUCCAGUCUACAACCCUUUGAUCCUCUUCUACCCUAAACAAAUCAAUCACGACUCCAAAUAUGAUGACAACCCUUCAACCAUAUCCAAUCUCCUCAAACAAUCCCUAUCCAAGCUCCUGUCACACUACUACCCACUAGCAGGGCGAAUCAGGGACAGUCUCGUCGCGCACUGCAACGACGAGGGCAUUCCUUACCUUGAAGCACAAGUCAGCUGCAAGAUCUCAGAUGUUCUUCACGAAAACUCAUCAUCACAGCCAAAUGAGCUCCUCGGUUUGGUCCCAUUCCAACUCCAUGGAGGACCUCACGACUUGCCAUUAGGUGUCCAAUUCAAUGUCUUCCAAUGUGGUGGGAUCGCCCUUGGACUCUGCAUGUCCCACAAACUUGCUGAUGCUUCAUCAACCAUCUCGUUCGUCAAAGCUUGGGCAGCCAUGGCAAAAGGACAGGUCGAUGUUCAAGCUCCGGAAUUCGUAUCCUCGAAGCUCUUCCCACCGAGGGACAUGUCAGGGUUUGACCCGAAAACCGGGAUCAUGACCACCAGUACAGAAGGUGGUGGUCAUCAAGUCCUGGUUAAAAGGUUUGUCUUCAGGGGAGCUUCAAUUGAAGCCUUGAGAGCAAAGUACGGAAAGAGCAGAAGCUUGGAGCACAAGAAACCCCCAUCGCGAAUCGAGACCUUGUCUGCCUUCAUAUGGAGGCGUGUCAUGACGGCCACUAGCAACAGAGGUCGUCUUCUGCUGUUGCUCCAUGCGGUGAACCUUAGGACGAGGAUGGACCCCGCAUUGGCAGAGCACUCAUUCGGGAACUAUUACCGGGUUGCGAUCACAGUUCCAAAUGUGGGCGAAGAAGAAGAAGAAGAAGAAGAAGAAGAAGGUGGGUGUUUGAUUGCUGAGAUUAGAGAUGCAAUCAGUGGAAUUGACAAGGGUUUCGUGAAGAGCCUGCAAGGACAAGGGGGUGAUGAGCAUUUGGACUACUUAAAGCAGCAAAGUGAGGGGUUUGUUGGAGGUGAGGUGGGGUUUCUGAGCUUUACUAGCCUGUGCUGGUUUGAUAGAUAUGAAGCUGACUUUGGAUGGGGGAAGCCUUUGUGGGUUGGGACACCCAGCUUGAGUUUCAAGAAUCUGGUUGUGUUUAUGGACUCUGCUCAUGGUGAUGGGAUAGAGGCAUUGGUGCAUUUGGAAGAAGGAGAUAUGGGUAAGUUGCAAUGUGAUGAAGUUCUGCUUCAAUAUGCUAAUGUUAUCCCCUCUUCUUCUUCUUCUUAA